AUGAUUAUACGAUCGAGAAAAUUAUUCUUGAUUUUUAUAUUUUUUAUAUUUAUAUUUUUUGUAUAUUUACAAUUCAAAACAGGUGCAGAGUAUGACAAAUUAAAUACCUUUAAAGAGAUUGAAAAGAAGUAUCAUUCAAGAAAUGUUAAUUUAGAAGAAAAAAAUACAUGUCUAACUAAAACAAUUUCUUGUGACAUUAAUUUUAAAAAAAAAGUAAAAUGUUAUAAAGAUGAAAGUGAUGUUUACAUUCCAUUUAAACAAGUAAUCAAAAAACAAUUUGAUGUUAGUGGAAAAUUAAAUCAAGAUAUUUUUGAAUGGACAACAUCAUAUGCUAAAGUAAAAGUACCUGAUAAAGGAGAAUAUAAUACAACAGGAACUUUUGGGCAUUUUGCUUCAUAUAAAGUUGAAAAAAGGAGCCGUGUUAAAUGUAUAAGUGGUGAGGAAAAUGUUCCAAUGUCAAUACAAUGGGAUAGUAAACCAUAUUAUUAUGUUAUACAAAUAUGCCAAUAUGCUCUUCAACAUUAUAGUGUAUACAUGGGUUAUGAUAAAAAACCAGAAAAAUUAAUUAGUCAACCAUAUUUUAUAUAUUCUAGAAAUUCAGUUAUAACAAUAAAAGAAGAUUUUAAUCAAUCAGUAUUAAAAUGUGAAUCUGAGGAAGGAUCUGCAUUUUUUAAUCUUCGUAGAGAUCCAAUUUUAUCAGUAUUAUCAUUUAUAUGGAAACCAGAUAAUGAUAAACAAUAUUUUUCAGUUGUAGCAAAAGAAAAUAGAUUUAAUAUGACAGCAAUUGUAUAUUAUAUCUUUGGUAAUGAUGAUCGUUGUGUUUGGGUUAAAGAAAAUUCUAAUAUAGAAAUAUAUUAUACACUUGGAAAUUUUGAAAAAAAAGAAUAUCAUAUUUUGAGAGAUAUUUUAGUUGAUGUUUAUAAAGGUUUAUUACUUACAAAUAAAAAAAAUUCAAUUACACAAAAUCCAUUUAAAAUUGGUGAUGUAACAGUAGUAAAAUUAACAUUACAUUUUAAAGAACCUGGUAUUCAAUCAAUUUCAAAUACUGUUAAUCAAUCUUCUACUGCAGAAAUGGAGAUGUUCAUGAAAGCAGCUGAUUGGUUAGUUAAAAAUCAAGAAGAAGAUGGUGGAUGGAACGUUUCUGUUUCAAGAUCAAUAGCUGAUAAUAAGUUACUACUUCAAUCUGGAUGGAGAAGUGCAAUGGGACAAGGUCAUGCUCUAAGUGUUUUAUCUCGAGCAUAUAAUUUUUCUAAUGGUAAUAAACAAUAUUUUGAAACAGGUCUUAAAUCAUUAAACUUAUUUAAAAAAAAUGCAUUACAAAAUGGUGUUACAAAUAAUUUUUUUGGUUUUAAAUGGUAUGAAGAAUAUCCUACAACACCAGGAACAUUUGUUUUAAAUGGAUUUUUAUAUUCACUUAUUGGAUUGUAUGAUUUUUCAAAAAUUAAAUUACCCGGAAAUGAUGCAGAAAUUCUUUUUAAUGAUGGUAUAAAAUCAUUGAAGGCAUUAUUACCAUUAUAUGAUACGGGAAGUGGUUCAUUAUAUGAUUUAAGGCAUGUUGGUAUUGGAACAGCACCAAAUUUAGCUAGAUGGGAUUAUCAUGCUGUUCAUGUUUAUCUAUUAAAAUGGAUUUGUAAUAUAAUAAAAGAUUGUGAUGAUAUUGAUACAGUUGCUAAUAGAUGGAUAGCUUACUCAAAUGGUAUUCGUGCAAAACAUAACUAA